AUGGUAAUGCAGUUUCAGGGGUUAGAAAAUUCGAGUCACAUUAAUCCUCACCACAGCUGCACGCUGUCAGGAUUUGUCCCGGAAAUGAUGAGUAUGAAGCCUGCGAAAGGUGUACUAACAGAACAAGCGGCAGGACCUCUGGGACAGAAUCUAGAAGUGGAACCGUACUCACAGUACAACAAUGUUCAGUUUCCCCAAGUUCAACCACAGAUUUCCUCAUCAUCCUAUUAUUCCAACCUGGGUUUCUACUCCCAGCAGCCUGAAGACUGGUACUCUCCUGGAAUAUAUGAACUCAGGCGAAUGCCAGCUGAGACUCUGUACCAGGAAGAGAGUGAGGUAGCAGAGAUACCUGUCACAAAGAAGCCCCGAAUGGGCACGUCAGCAGGGAGAAUAAAAGGGGAUGAGCUGUGUGUUGUUUGUGGAGACAGAGCAUCUGGAUACCAUUAUAAUGCACUGACCUGUGAGGGGUGCAAAGGUUUCUUCAGGAGAAGCAUUACCAAAAACGCCGUGUACAAGUGUAAAAAUGGGGGCAACUGUGUGAUGGAUAUGUACAUGCGAAGAAAAUGCCAGGAGUGUCGACUAAGGAAGUGCAAAGAGAUGGGAAUGUUGGCUGAAUGUAUGUAUACAGGCUUGUUGACUGAAAUUCAGUGUAAAUCUAAACGACUGAGAAAAAAUGUGAAGCAGCAUGCAGACCAGACCACUAAUGAAGACAGCGAAGGACGUGACUUGCGGCAAGUGACCUCGACAACUAAGUCAUGCAGGGAGAAAACUGAACUCACCCCAGAUCAACAGAAUCUUCUGCAUUAUAUUAUGGAUUCAUAUAGCAAACAGAGGAUGCCUCAGGAAAUAACAAAUAAAAUUUUGAAAGAAGAAUUCAGUGCAGAAGAAAAUUUUCUCAUUUUAACGGAAAUGGCUACUAGUCAUGUACAAAUUCUUGUAGAAUUCACAAAAAAACUGCCAGGAUUUCAGACUUUGGACCAUGAAGAUCAGAUUGCUCUGCUGAAAGGGUCUGCAGUUGAAGCUAUGUUCCUCCGUUCAGCUGAGAUUUUCAAUAAGAAACUUCCAGCUGGACAUGCUGACCUAUUGGAAGAAAGAAUUCGAAAAUGUGGUAUCUCUGAUGAAUAUAUAACACCUAUGUUUAGUUUUUAUAAAAGUGUUGGAGAAUUGAAAAUGACUCAAGAAGAGUAUGCUCUGCUUACAGCAAUUGUUAUCCUCUCUCCAGACAGACAAUACAUCAAAGAUAGAGAGGCCGUGGAGAAGCUUCAGGAACCACUGCUUGAUUUGCUACAAAAGUUGUGUAAGAUUUAUCAGCCUGAAAACCCUCAACACUUUGCCUGUCUCCUGGGCCGCCUGACUGAGUUGCGGACAUUCAAUCAUCAUCAUGCUGAGAUGCUGAUGUCCUGGAGAGUGAAUGACCACAAGUUUACCCCACUUCUCUGUGAAAUCUGGGAUGUGCAGUGA